AUGUUAUUCUCAUGGAACCUUCAGGGAACGCUUGUUCUAAUAGUAUGGCUGAUAAGCAUAAGCACGAUCCAUGUCUGUGUUGACGGGGCGGCAGCAGAUGAGCAAGAAGAAACGAUAUCAUCAUCGUCAGAUGAUGAUGAUGACAGUGACCUGCAAAAUACCGUGUACAGCAUGAUUCAAUGGGUGAUCAAUCAUGGUGGCUACGUGAGUCCGAAAAUCGAGCUCCGCGCUUUUUCUGUGGAGAUUGACGGUUUUGACUCUCCCUCCUCUGAUGAUGACGACGACGACAAUGAUGAAAAAUAUUCCUUUGGAGUGUUUAUCAAAUCUGAUGAAAGGGUCAAAGAAGGCGAACGUUUACUGGAUUUACCGGACGAUGUCAUGAUCUACUCCGAUGUCAAGGCGGUUACGGUUCUUGACAACAUGUGUUUGCUGGCAGAUGAAGUUCUACUUGAGAGGAACUUGAACGCUGAGGGAAAAAGCGAGUAUGGGCCUUACUUGGACUUUUUUGAAAAGUUUGUGGUUGGUCAAAUCAAUUUGCCGGCAACCUGGUCUCAAACUGGACGGUACAUAUUAGGAAAUAUCACACAAGCUACCUACUUUACGACAUUCCGACAUUAUUAUGGAUGCUUCCUCCAAGGAGAAUCAGGAGAAGAGAUUCAGAGGAUUCUCAACGAAUCAGGACUCGAAGGCUUUGGAGAUCCCGAUUUUUGGGACGAGAACCUUGAAAUCGCCUUAUCUCGAGGAAGGCACGACGAUCUGCUGGUGCCACUGUAUGACAUGAUCCAACAUUCCAACGAUCCAAGAAAAAUGAAUAUCGUAAGAAAGAAGAGCGGCAGUCCUAAUGAUCACUCUUUCAGCGUUUUCGCAUCUCGGGACAUGGGACCGUCGGAAGAGCUUCGGUACUCAUAUGGUCUCGGUAGUCCCCAAGAAAAUCACUGGCUUGGUUUUGUCGAUUAUGGACUUGGAACCAUGGAGAUGUUCCGGACUCAUGGAUUUGUUGAACCCUAUCCUCAACGUUGGUUUUUCCCCGAGCAUGCACUAGAUUUUAUGAUUCACCAGGAUGGGCCUGACGACGACGGCACAGAAGCUUACCAGCCAAAGUUGAGGGUUCAAUGGCUAUCCGAUACGAUACCUGAUGAUGAUGCACUCUAUACUCUAAGGGUGAACUAUGACGGUCUAUUUGACAUUCGUAACCAAAUGAUUGAUGCAUACAACUCACCGAAGACGAACCAUAAUUUGCUGGCCCAUCUCACUCCACACGAAAUCAGCAUUUCAUUUGAGUUUCUUCUUAGCUAUAUUGCCGCACUUGACACAGCAUUGAAAGCUGCUGAUGCUAUGAACCAGCGAACUGGCUCCGAGUACAUUGUCACCGAAGAGAAAGUUGCAAUCGAAAACAUGGACCAUCUGUACUUUCAGCUGUACCAGUGCAGCACGAUGAUUACAAAGAUUUUGAACCACGAGUUCAAUGCAAUUGACGAAUUACAAUCGGCCUACCAGCAAAUCAACUACUACAAAGAUCCGAAGACGAACGACCGAUGCCUCUACCUCGACAGUGUCUACCAACAAUGUAUUUCUUACUGGCCACACUACCACGAGCUCGUCGUUCACAAGUCCGCAAAGUACUUGAAAGAAGAUCUCCGAAGGGUUCUGUGGGUUGGAGGUGGAGAUUCCGGGGUUCUCAAUGAGUUCCUCAAGUACCCUACCCUAGAGCUGGCUGUCGGUCUAGAACUAGAUCAACAAGUCACUCGAUCAGCAUUCAAGCACUUUGCUUCGCGACCACAUUACGAUGAUCCGAGAGUCCAGUGGUGGUAUGGUGAUGCUUCUGAAUCCCUACUGAUGCUGCCGGAGCACUACUUUGGAUCGUUCGACUUGGUCAUUGUGGACUUGUCGGAUACAGUAUUCUCGUUGUCAGUUUCAGCAGAGUUGGAUGUGAUUGAAGCUAUAAGUCUACUGCUUCGGCCGGGUGGCAUCUUUGAAAUGAACGAGUUGUUCAUGAAAAAAGUCAGCAAAGUGUUUGAAUACACUGUUCAUUACAACUUUAAUGAUGUGCCAAGGAUUUUGGAUCAGUCUGCCAUAUUCGCUAGCAAUGACGUCGAUUUUAUGUCCCGAGAGCUGACGGAGCACGAGUUGGUGGAAGAUGCAACCAUCUUGGUCGAAAAGGAUAGCAUGUUGACGAAACAUCGGUUCGACCGCAUCCAUGAUUAUCGGCACAACCCAAAUCCUGCCUUUAAGAAACUUUGCAAGGUAACCCAAGAAGAAGAAGAAGAGAAACCAUCAGAAGACCAGCCGCAAUCUGCAGCCCCUGGAAUCAUGAUGAUAGUUGAAGCCGAAAGCUUGACUGCUGACCUGUCGUCGCUCCCAGCGGUUCGUAUUUCCGUUAUCAAAGCCAUCGAGGGAGUUGGUUUGACUGUAGUAUCGGAAAAGGAAUCUCCAUUGGAGUCGCCUUGGUUUGUGAUUGUGAUGAAGGAAGGAUACGUGGUUGUUCGACUAUGGGUAGAGAAAAAGUACUGUGCAUUGGAUCUUCAUUUGUGGAGUUCUUUCGACAGUCACGAGGGACUCAAGAAGGCAAUUGUGGCAGAUGCCUUGGGUGGCGACUUGAUGAACAAGUCCACAUCAUCCUACCGCAUUGUGGCAGGAGGAAUGUUUGGGCUAUCGAAUUGGAAGGAGGAGGCCAAAAAGCAUGGACCUCAAAUUGACAAUCUGUGCUCCGAAAAGGAAGCGCCAGUACUUGACCAGCCAUCUUCCGCUGAUGUAUACGAACUUGCGCUUGAAACGAGUCUGGACAUCAUUCAAGGCAAGGAGUUGACAGUUGCAGUGAUGUGCAAUGUAACUUCGGAACCCUGCCAAAGUUUGGAAACACUCUAUGAUCAUCGCCUCGUUAACCAUAUUAUUCCAUUGCAUCCUUGCACGGUGGAUGACGUGAAGUUUGAUGGAUGGACAGGAAAUAAGGAAGAAUAUCUGGAUGAAUGUACCAUGCAGCGAGUCCAGCAAAUCUUGCAACAGGAACUGAAGGAGAACGAGUUCGUUGAUAUGCUGAUCCUAGAUCCUGGUUGUAGCGAAGAAUUCAGCGACUCUCUGCGAUACUUGAACAAUGGCACCUAUAUCAACUUUGACGAUAUAUUUGUCGUGGGCACUGUCGAUUCCAAGAACGACGUUUGGAAACGUAAGCUUGUUGAUUACUUUCGAUUUGGAUUGGCCCAAGUGGAUCCGGUGCAUCGGGCGCAUCUUUUGUUCAAUUCUACCAGUCAAAAGAGCAGCUUGGAACUCGUGAUGGGAGUUGUGGGCGAUCCACUCUUCUUUGAGCACAUGGUGGAUGCAGUGAAGAGAGCUCACGAAAUCGAUGGGGAGGACGAUCCUACUGCUGAUGUCACGAUAGAAAUCCGAAACGUAUUUGGAGGCUACUGGAGGGAUGACAAGAUUGAUGAUUGCGAUCUCGUUGAGUUCAGUCAGGUGACGAAAGCAGAGGACUAUGACACUACCGAUGCCAAAUCGCAAUGGGCUUCUCAACGACCAGCUGGCACGCAAUCCGUCGCUCGUUUUGUCAACCAAGACCAGCUCGAUCCCCAAGUUUUAUUACCAUUGGAAGACCCUCAAAAGCUGAUCAAUGUUGUCCGAAACGCAUUGGCUCCGAAGGGAGCCAUUUUCGAGGCAUUUCAAUUCAAAUCCAUCAAUGGCGGCGAUGGAGUUGUCUGUACGGGCUCAUGGGGCCAAGGGACGGCAGUGAUCUCUUGGGAUGGUAGAAGCCAAGUUGACAUUAACCUGUGGAUAUCCAAUAAGUCCACCAUGAUGGAAAAUGAUGAGGAAACCUGCAGUUCUCCUGAUGCCAGUCCAGAAAGUGUGACGGACCAAGAACUAAAGGAUAUCAAGAUGUUGGAGGUUCUCAUUGUGGCCAAUACAGCCAGCACGUUGAAACCUAGUCUUCGAGAUGUCCAACCACGAGGCUACGGCAGGAUUAUCAAUUCCCAAAAGGAUUUAGAUUCUGUGGAUACCUUUUUCAACCAACACGACCGGUAG